AUGGAGUUAGAGCGUGUCCAGAGAUUAGUGAGCAGACAACUAGAGACCGACUGGCUCUUCAACUCUUACAAGUUACAAGUGAGAGAGUUCGCCUUCAAGAUUGUGAAGGAAGUCAUCUCACAAGAGUCAGGGCUCAUCCAUAGCAGCAGAAAACUGAAAAAGCUCUGCCACGUUAUCGUGCACGAUAAUAGACCCAGCACCACUCUUCGACCAUCUCCAACCCCUCCUAAAAAAACCUGGCCAGAAAGAUAUCCAAACGAGCCGUUCAACGAAGUAGACGGAAAAUGUAUUGAACAUUUUCUUGGCAAACAUCCUUGCUUGAAAAAAGGCCGGAAGAGAGCAUACAUCGGUAAAUAUCAGCUAUCCGAAUCAUAUCCUAAAUCCUUCCAGAUCAAGGAUCUAGAACUCAGGGACGGAGAACUCAUUAUUGAGAACAUUGACCAACCUAGGAUGGUUCAGAUCACCUUCUUCAAGCAGCCCGACGGCACCUGCUACUUCAUAGACUGGACACUGACUGACGGCCAAAGACUGGCAGGAUUCAGCACUGUUUUGAGGUUUAUUCCGAGGUCAGGUGAUGAAGAAACACCGAAGCAGCGACUGACCCCCGCUGAUGUCAAGACCUGGUGGCAAAAAGACUUCCAGGCGCAUAUGGUGCAGUUCGUGUAUUUGGUUCUCAAGGAGGCUGUCAAUCCAAAAGGCCAUUCAUAUCUUUCUUGUGAUCGAGACUUUGCGCUCAUCGAGAAAAAAAGAGAACAAAACUCCACUACACCUGCACCCACUGAGAGGUCAGAUGAAGUUUGGCCUGAUGAUGGCUGGCCUCCUGCAGACGACCAACAACAGUUUAUCGAAGUGGAUGUCAGAGAUGUGGAGCGGUUGGUGGGCCGUCACCAAUGUCUCCAAAUAACUAAUAAAAGAGUGUACGUCAGCACACCUCAGCUAUCCAACAACUACCUUAAAGAUGUUCAGUACAAGGACUUGAAAUUAACAGAUGGCUCAGUGGAACAAAGAAUUUCCGUCAGUAAAGGCACAACCCUAGAGAUCUCCCGUAGCAAAAAGAAUCACUACACAGUGUUCAUCCCCUGUGUGGUCCCAGCAGUCCUCUUCCUCUACUCGUACUCGAUGUCUUCCAAUCAAGCCAGUGGAAGAAUAAGGAUUGACAUGGUCGGUAAGCCUCAGACCCUACAAGUUAUCAUAGAAAAAGACGGCAGAGAUUGUACCUUUGUAGAAGGAUCAGUUACAGACAUUUUCAAAGAGGUGUUGUGGAUCAAGCCUAGCCAAAACGAAGAGACCGACGUUAGGGAGGUUGCAAGGGAACUGAUACAAGGGUGGAAGGUUUACUACAAAGGCACAGAUCGUGCAAUUUGCAUACGCAAUGUUCGAGUCCUGAAACUCUUCCUCCAACUGCUCCGUCACCUCCAACCUCACCGCUCCCCAGGUGGACCUUCGCCACCAGACAUCAUGUGGCCUUUUAGGGACCCGAGGAAACCUUUCAACAGAGUGGAUAUGGAAAUAAUUAAACAUGUCGUAGGUAGCCACGAUUGCAUGGAAGGUAUCAGAAAGAGAAUAUACAUAGGAAAACUUAAUCUCGGUAGUUCAUUCCCGAGACAGUUUCGUGUGAGAGGUCUUGAAGUAAGUAAAGGUCUGGCAGACCAAAGAAUUACGAUGAACGAAAACUCUAAUCUGGCAAUAGACAUAGGAAGAGAGUACUUUACAGUACGUAUCCCUUGCGUGGCUCCAUUGGUUCUUUUCUUCUACGAGUACAGGAUGGCCUCCUUGAACUCCACAGGGCAUCUAAUCAUUGAGAUGAACGACGGCCCCACGACCCUAAUGGUGACCUUCAAGAGGGAAGAAGAUAGAACGUGCUCUUUCUUAGACGGAUCUGUCACAAAUAUGAAAGGACCAUUAGGUUAUAAGGUGGUCGUGUGGAUCAUGCCUCACAUGCAGAAGAACAACAGAACGGAAGCUGAUAAGGUUCGACGACUUUUGUUGGAGAAUAUGAAAGGCUGGGAGAAGUUUUAUUUUGAACAAAUAGUCGUGUUUGCCCACAAGAUAGUCAAGGAAGCUUUCAUGCAGACAGAGCAGGUCAUACAAAGAAGUGAUGACCUAUUAUCAAUGUGCACAAGGAUCAAUGACAGCCCAAGGAAAAUGAUUCCAGUCCCUAUUACACGAUCGGGUACUCAGACACAGUAUAUGAGACUCAUGGAGCCAUCACAAACCGUUUGCCAUCCACACAUCGAUUGGCCGGAAGAUCAGGAAGAGUGGCCCAACAGAGAUCCCUGCAAACCGUUCAACAGUGUGAGUUCGCGUGAGGUUGAAAAUGUAAUCGGCCGUCAAGACUGUCUGCAAUUGAACGAAGAGCGAAUAUACAUCGGCAGGCGUCAGUUUCCCGGGUAUUACAAAGAUUGGCAUGAUGCAGGAGCGCUGAAGUUGAGCAACGGACUUGUCAACCAGAGGAUCACUAUCAGUAGAGACACCAGUCUGUCUGUCAUCGCCGUCGGUAAUGGGAACAUUACAAUCCAGAUCAAUUGUGUAGUACCGAUAGUACUAUUCCUCUUCCAAUACCACAUUCAGUACACACGGUCUGAGGGAAAGGUCAGAUUUGAAGUCAGUGAUGGCCCUCUCGAACUGCUCGUGAAUCUACAGAAAGAAGAUGACGGCACCUGUUCCAUCAUGGCUGGGUCAAUCGUUGAAGGUAAGGAUGAUGGCGUAUAUAAGGUGGCAAUCCAUACGAUACCACACGACCCCAGUGAAGGCAAAAAGGAGGAGGAGAUCGAGGUCCAACAAUUGAUGAAAGAAGUAUAUUACUGAAAAUGCAUUGCAUGAUACGUUCAAAGCUCAGAUGGAAGAAUUCGCUUUCAUGGUGAUCAAGGAGGCUGUGGAACAAGUACAUAAUGUAAUACAGUACAGUCAAGAUCUCAACAGGCACUGCAAACUCAUCAAUGAAAACCCAAGGACGAACGCCUCAUCUGGAGAUGUCAUACCAAGAGCCUCCCGGACAAGAAAACAAGAGAAGAAGAAAUUUCCAGAAAUAAUAAUAUUAAAACAACAUAAGUAAAAAAUCAC